UGAGGGGGCGGGGCCCAGGUGAGCACAGGUGUAUAUAAAGCCCAGGUACACGGCUACAAGUCAUCCACUCAAAGCUUCUGAAAAGCGAUCUCUGACUCUGGAGAGAAGCACCCAUCAUGGAUUCCAUUGUGAAGUCAGUAUUUAUUUUACUUGUGGCUACCUCAUUGUCUCUGGCCAAAGAUGCCUCUCCAAAAGACAAAUCCACCGUAAAGCAGGUUCGGCCUCAAACGUUAUCCAGAGGGUGGGGUGAUCAACUGGAAUGGGUGCAGACCUAUGAGGAAGCCUUAUUCAAAGCCAAGGCAGGAAACAAGCCUUUGAUGUUGAUUAACCACAGAGAAGACUGUCCACAUUCACAAUCCCUGAAGAAAGCAUUCGCUGAACACAAAGGAAUCCAGAAAAUAGCUGAAGAAUUCAUCCUCAUCAAUGUCAUGUUCGACCCAACCGACAAAAACCUUAUCCUGGAUGGACAGUACGUGCCAAAGAUUGUAUUUGUUGAUCCCUCCCUUGUGGUCAGAGCUGAUAUUCCCGGGAAAUAUUCCAACCACCGCUACACCUACGAGCCUGAAGACAUCGAACUGCUUUUUGAGAACAUGAAGAAGGCCAAGAUCCUCCUGAAGACCGAGCUGUAGAGACCUCUCCUCUACAUUUUAUAGAUCGAUUAAAUGUUCUUACUAUGAAUGUGUCAGUAAUAAUGUAUUUAAUUUCACAGCCAACCUGAUUUUGUGACUUGGGAUGGGAGAAUAUUGUUUUUCAACUGUGUUCAUGUUUUCCUAAACUUUUUUUUAAAAUAAAUCACCCCGGGUUAUUUAAG